AUGCUACUUAUCACUCCAGGGAAAUUUAUUGAGCAUUGGGUGUUGAACGUAGGCCAUGAUGUGGCGCAGUUUUCAAGUAUCAACACAUUUCCGAGUAUAAGUGAGGGUUCCGAAUUUCCUCUAUGUAGUGUCUCUAAGUUUCUCUUUCGCUUGUUGGAGUUAAAUUUCCCAAGUGAACAUGAUCGCAAUGCGUUUUCUCCCUGGGGAGAAAACAGUUAA